AAUCCCUGCCCGCCUCCCUCCCCCCCCUUUUUGUUUAUAUUUUUUUCAGAAUUUCUGGUUUGGGUGUUUUUGUAAUUUGUAGUAGUUUAAUUAUUUUUAUAACAUCUGAAUUAUUUAAAAGAUGAACCCAACUGAAUUUUUAGCUGAAAAUAAUGCUUGUGGGCAAACUAUUUUGCUGUUAGUUUCAAGAGGAAAUGCAAUUAUAGCAGAAUUAUUAAGAUUGAAAGACUUUAUUCCCAAAGUUUACAGGCUUGAAUCCAAACAUGUUCUUCAAAAGUAUGGUGAAAUUAUUUUAGAUUUCUCCUAUCUGCAAACUUCUGAGCUACAUGAGAAAAAAAUUGAGGAAAACGAGGCUUUACGAGAUCUAGAUGAGGAGUUUCGUGAUAACCAUAUAGAGAUCAUUAAUCGAUUUUACUUGUUGUUUGAAAGCAUUCAUAGCUAUGUUAUAGAUUUAAAUCAUUACAUUGAUGAGCUAGAAGAAGGUUUUUAUAUUCACCAGUCAAUAGAGACUGUGUUUCAGGAUCCCGAAGGAAAACAGUUACUGUGUGAAGCAUUAUUUUUGUAUGGCUUAAUGUUGAUUAUGGUGGAUGCAUAUAUAGACGGUCCAAUUAGAGAGAGAUUAUUAGUGUCUUAUAACAGGUAUACACCUCAAAGAAGAGAUACUCAAAGCUGUUUUGAUGAAGUCUGUAAACUUCUUAUGGAUACUGGUGCUAAUGGCACCAAGAAAGCGCAAAAUUAUCCGGAGGAUUACUUUAAGCGUGUGCCAAUUAAUUCUAACUACGUGGAAAUGGUAAUAGGUCGUCUGAGAUCUGACGAUAUAUAUUCUCAAAUAUCAGUUUAUCCUUUACCAAAACAUAGGAGUACUGCACUAGCCACUCAAGCCGCAAUGUUAUAUGUUUGUUUGUUUUUUUGUCCCAAAAUUUUACAUUUGGAAGCAGCUGUCAUGAGAGAAGUUGUUGACAAAUACUUUCCUGAUAACUGGAUUAUUUCUGUUUAUAUGGGCUUUGUUAUAAAUCUGGCUGAUGCUUGGGAAAACUUUAAAUCUGCUAAGCAGGCUCUUAGCAACACCUUACAAUACUCCAACAUUAAAAAUGUCUCGAGCACACAUGGAAAAAACGUGCCACAAUUGCUUAGUGCAACCAGUAAUUUGCUUAAAGAGGGAAAUAUAACUAGUGAUUCGUUGUUAAAACAUAUAAACAGUAUCUUAAAUACAUUGAGGCAGUGUAACGUAACAUUGAGGUGGUUGAUUCUACAUACUGUUAUAAAACCAGGCACAACAGAAAAGAAUAAGAAACUAAAACAUUAUCGAGACCAAGUAAUAUCAGAAAUAAAUUGCGAUCAAGUAAGUUUGUUUAAACUUUUGUUAAAUACUGCCCAGUUGGAGCUGGUAACCAAAGAAUUAUACAAAAGUCUUAUGUCAGAAAAAGACUUCCAAUGGGAAAAUCUUAAAAAAAGCAGUUGUAAAAACCUUAUUGAACUGUCGGAAGUCUUUAGCGGUGAUAAACCAUUGACUAGAAUCCAGAAAAAUUCGGAUUUAGAAAGAUGGUUUAAGGAAAUAUCCAAUGAAGUUCAGAGUUUGGGUCGAGAAGACGUUAGUUCUUCUCGGAAAUUAGUGCAACUUAUACAAGCAUUAGAAGAGGUCCAAGAAUAUCAUCAGCUGGAUAAUAAUAUGCAGGUUGUGCAAUUCUUACAUGAAACCAGCAAUAACUUGCAUCAAAUGAUACGAACGAUGACUAUAAAAGAAGAUGACUUGAUAAACAUGCAAAUCAUUGGUGAUAUAAGCUACGCCUGGGAACUGGUAGAUUUUUAUACUAAUAUUAUGCAAAAUGGUAUAAAAAAAGAACCCAAGUUGGUUAUUAAGCUCCGAGCUGUUUUCUUAAAGCUAGCGUCUGCACUGGAACUUCCUCUACUACGAAUAAAUCAAGCUCAUAGCGAAGAUCUUAUAUCUGUGUCUGAAUAUUAUAGCAAAGAACUUGAAAUAUAUGUUCGAAAAGUGUUGCAAAUAAUUCCAAGCACUAUGUUUGAAAAUUUAGCUAGAAUUAUUCAGAUGCAGACUAGUGUCAUUAAAGAGAUACCCACACGAGUUGAUAAAGAUAAACUAAAAGAGUAUGCACAAUUAGAUGAAAGAUUUGAGUUCGCCGAGUUAACGCAUUCAAUAUCUAUUUUCAGCCAAGGCAUGCGUAUGAUGAAAAGCACGUUAGUAGGUGUUGUAUGCCUCGAUCCGAAACAGUUGCUGGAAGAUGGAAUCCGAAAAGAAUUGGUGCAACACAUUGCAAAAGCUCUUCAUAACGAGUUUAUAUUUAGUGCCAAGCCUAAACAGGAUGAACUAGAAGCAAAACUUAAAACUUUAGGUCAAAUUAUGGAUGGAUAUAAGCGAUCAUUUGAAUACAUUCAGGAUUAUAUAAAUAUCAAUGGAUUAAAAAUAUGGCAAGAAGAGGUGACCCGGAUAGUAAACUACAAUGUUGAGCAAGAAUGCAAUGGAUUUUUAAGAAAUAAGGUCCAUCCUUGGCAAAGUACCUAUCAGAGUAGGUACGUUCCUAUCCCAAUCCAUCCGCCUAUAGAUGAAAGUGAAAACUUUAUAGGAAGGUUAGCUCGUGAGGUUAUCAGAUUAACUCAUCCUAAAGUUGCUGUUUACUUACCUACUACCUCAACAUGGUAUGAUAUAAAAAACCAUAAACCUCUCUUUAACAAAGAAACUAUUGUUUCAAUAGCAAAAGCCAUUGAAAUUACUGGCGUGGUUGGCUUGGAUAGACUAUUUUCGUUUAUGAUAACCACAGCUUUACAGCGCAUAAUUGCUCACCUUGAAAAUAAAAAUAUUAAAAAUAGCUCUUGGGUCAAUGUUAUUACUACAAUAAAAAAUGAUAUGAGGCAAAGAACUGACUGGUCUAGCCCGUACAAAAUUUAUUCGGCAUAUGUGAAUAGAACGACAAAAAUCUGGUCCGAAUUCUUGGAGAAAAUAUUACUUGUUGGACAGUUACAACUGCUGCGAACCCUUAUAGCAUUUCAUUUAAAUAAAACUUGUAGAUUUAAUGCCAAGAUCCUCGAGUCUUCUUUAAGGUCUUUCAAUAAAUCUCUGCUUCUGGAUUUGAAAAAAGGCAAUACUCAAUUAUCUGAAGAGUUUAUGGUUAAAUUGUCCGAAUAUUUUAACUACGCGGGGCUAAAUGAACCUUUUAACAAAGUCUAUGUAACUACCCGAAAUGAUAAGGACUAUGCAUUGAUUCUGUUUUUAUUUGUCUUGGUACAUGUGAAGUUUAUGUUUUUGCCUCAAAAUCUUGCUAGCAUAAAUAAGCGAACAAAUGACCAGUUAGAUGGCGUUGCGUUAUCAGUCUCAGUUCAUACUAUUCUCAAACAAUUCCAUUCUGAAGUCAAUGAAGAGUUUAUAAAACUACUUGCAGAGUUUGUGAUGCAGUUAUCAAAAAAUAAUGGGUCAAAAACUUUUGAAACAUUACCAGAGGUGACUAUGAUGCUAAACUUUCUGGAUUGUUAUACCGAAUAUUCUGAAUCCUCAAGACAGUAUUGCCGCCAGUAUCUGCCAGAAGAAUUUGUGCAAAUUCAACAAUCCUUGACAUCAAAUUCAUCGGUUUAGAAAAAAGCACUAUAAAAUCUGGAUUUAAAUAAGAAGACGCAUAAUUUGUAUAUAUUUGAUAGAUAACUACUCGAUAUAUCGGGUGAAUAAAAUAGAAAACAAAUAUUUACCUGCCCAAAGAAAACCUAUGUAAAUAAUAUUUUUAAUAAUUGUAAUAAAUAAUAAUUGGUCCCAAGGUAGAGUGAAAAAUGAAAAUAUGCAUUUAAAUCUAUAUAAUUAUCUAUUAUUAUUAAAUUAUCGAUUUAUAUUCAUUUUAAAAGAUGUAAUUUUUUGCUUAGUAAUACAAUUAAAAAAUAAAUAGAUGGACAAAG